UGCAUUUCCGGUUGUACGUCAGAGAAAUAAUUCCGCUAGAAAAAUAGAAUCAAGAAAGGGUGGAAUGGCAACAAUGAUUGAAGAAAAUGGUCCAUCAACUCAUGGGCAGAGUGAACUGUCAUCCUCUUCUUCCAGAGUGCGUCAGAAGCUGGAGAGCCUGCUGAACAAGAACAUGAGAAUCAGAAUGACAGAUGGACGGACACUGGUGGGUCUGUUCUUGUGCACAGAUAGAGACUGCAACGUCAUCCUGGGGUCCGCUCAGGAGUUCCUCAAAUCCUCAGACUCCUUCUCCCAGGGUGAGCCCAGAGUGCUGGGGUUAGCCAUGAUUCCCGGCCACCACGUGGUCUCCAUCGAGGUGGAGUCAGACACCCUGGCCGACACACAGGGGUUCGGGGGCAGCCACUGAAGAACAAGCUGAGCUCACCCAAAGUCGGAGGACACGGUCCUAGAAAAGGCUACAGUACAGACUUGAAAUGAGAGAAUUCAAUCAAAGGAAUUCCAGAUGUGGCUGAUCUCUGGUGCCAGUGUCGUGGGUUUACCAGUCAGAGCCAAGAUAGGUGCGAAAUGUAACCAAGCAUCCCCAGUGACAGUGUGUGUGAAGUUAAUACGGAGUUGAAAGGUAUUUGCGCAAUAAGGGGCAUGGGACUGAGCCAGACGGUACAGUAUAUGUCUGUGUGAUAAAUGAUUUUCAAUACAUUUCAGUAUUUAAACCUGUGUCUGAUCUGUCAAUGAGGAACGAUGCAGACGUUCCUUAUAUACUGGUAGUGCAGCAGUUACAUGUAGUUCAGAGCAUAUGAAUAGCUAAAGUGAAUUACCUACUUGACUUAAAAACCUUGGCUCCUAUUAGGAGCAUGUUAUUGAAAUGUCCUCCAUCACUCAUCAGGGCAAGUCUUUCCAGGUCACACCAUUUGAGGCCAUCAGUUAGCUGUUCAAGUCAAAUUUGAUUGGUCACAUAUACAUAUUUAGCAGAUGUUAUUGCGGGUGUAGCGACAGUAUCAAAUAAUUCACAACAAUACUCACAUCUAAAAGAAUGGAAUUAAUAUAUAUUAGGAUGAGCAAUGUCAGUUGUAUGGACUAAAAUACAGUAUAUACAUAUGAAAUUAGUAAAGCAGUAUGUAAACAUUAAAGUGACGAGAUUCCUUGUCUAUGUAUAUAGGGCAGGGUUGAGUAACCGGGCGGUAGCUAGCUAGUGAUGGCCAUUUAAAUGUCUGAUGGCCUUGAGAUCGGGUGCUGUAGAUGUCCUGAUGGGCAGCAAGUGUGCUCCCGGUGAUGCGUUGGGCUGACCACCCUCUGGUGAGCCUUGCGGUUGCGGGUGGCACAGUUGCCGUACCAAGCGGUGAUACAGCCUGACCGGAUGCUUUCAAUUGUGCAUCUGUAAAAGUUUGAGGGUGUCAGGGGCCAAGCCAUAUUUCUUCAGCUUCCUGAGGUUGAAGAGGUGCCGUUGCUAUUUCCUGAAGUCCACGAGCAGCUCCAUAGUUUUGUUGACGUUAUUUUCCUGGCACCACUCCGCCAGAGCCCUCACCUCCUCCCUGUAGGCUGUUUUGUCAUUAUUGGUAAUCAGGCCUACUACUGUUGUAUCGUCUGCAGACUUGAUUAUAUUGGAGGCGUGUGUGGCAACGCAGUCAUGAGUGAACAGGGAGUACAAGAGGGGGCUGAGCACUCACCCUUUUGGGGCCCCUGUGUUGAGGAGCAGCAAAGUGGCAUUGUUUUCUACCUUCACCCGGGCGGGGUUCAGACUCAGGGACCCGAGCUUACAUGAUCACACAGGAUUGCAAAAGUUGGCUAUUAUUUUCUGGUAAUGUGUUUGGUAUACUCAGUGUAUAAGUGUGUCAAAUAGUUCAAACACACAUUAACAUUUUCUUGGAACUAGACAGACCUGCUUCCUACUGGAAGAUGAUUUGCACAAAAGACAACUCAAACAUGAGCUAAAGAUGGUAUGCCAUCAGUAUAGUACUGAAAUGAUACCUGAACCGUGAAAGAUAACCAGAGAACAGGGUUGUUUGCUUCCAUAUUUUAAUAGUUUGAGCAUUUUAGUUCAUUCUGGUUGGCAACGAGAAAACCCCCUAGAAACAUUAAAAUGAUCACGUAGUUGAGCAGUCGGUGACAUAAAAAGCUUUCAGUUACAGCUAUACUGCAUCCUUAGAACUCAAAUUAUGUUAACAGUGGACUUGACAGGAUGAUAUUGACAAUCCAUCAUUUGGUUGUAGUCCAUAAUUUGUUUGAUACACUAAAAUGACGCAAGUAAUUUGUUUGUCAUUGCAGGGAGUCCUUUCAGUUGCUUUGGACUGGGGAACACAGGAGGAGUAGUUAUUAAAAA